AUGGACAAUAACGCCGACCACCGCGAAGGGGAUGAGGGUCACGCCAGCGAUGAGGAGGACACCGGCGCUCCUGUCUCUCCCAUAAUCAGACUGAAAGAGGUCGCCGUAUGCACCGGCGAAGAGGACGAAAAACCUCUCCUCGAUCUCAAAGCGAAACUGUAUCGUUUCGACAAGGACGGUAACAAGUGGAAGGAACGAGGCGCUGGAAGCGUGAAGUUGUUAAAUAAAGCACGAUGUGACGGGAAAAGUUCGCCUUCUCAUGAGGCAAUCCAAAACUCGCAAAAUCUGCGCUAA